AUGGAUUUUCAAUACCGCUUGGCUCAUCUUUCAUCUCAGGUGUGAAUCCGAUCAGCUAUCCAGAUUUCCUUUUUUUUUAUAAAGUCUCAUAGAUUAUAGAUCCGCUGCAUUUCUUUUCUUUUUUUUUUUCUUUUUUUUUACGUGCAGCAGAGUUCACUCUACAUGAAUAAAUGAUGAUGCCUGCCUGAGAGAUAGGCUGCGAGGGUUACUGCUGCAUCUGCCCCGUGCACACAAAUGCUCUCUGUGCAGCUCGCCUCGGAGCGCACCGAUUACCAUUCCGGGCACAGCGCUGCUGGUCCACAAAUGGAGCCGGGUCGGCGGCAGACGGCGGUCCGGGGGCAAAGCGGGGAGUUUACCGCCCGCAUCGGCAGCGAGCCCUCUGUCAAUCUGGAUUAAACUGCGCCCUGCGUUGCGGACUGGAGUGGAGAAUUAAAAAAAAAAAAAAAAAAAGCCCGUGAAAGCGAGACGAACAUCUGGUCGGAUUCAGCGCAACACCAGCCACCCUGCGCCGCGUAUUAAAGCAGCCUCGGCGCUACCUACAAAAAGGCGUUUUCUCCUCCUCUGGAUGCGCAGUGGAGGCGAUCCCGCACCAAAAAGCCACACCGGGACCCCCCGCGCAAUUUGCGCUCCCCCCCACCACCACCACCGCCGCACACAUUUUUACCCCUUCUAAAAAAAAAAAAGAAGAAGAAGAAGCAAAAGCCAGGCGUUUGAGUGUUUUUUCUUAUAGUGUGAGAGGAGCGCUGGAAGGAGGAAUUGCCCUUUAUCCUGCCGGCUAUGGAUUUCUUGAAGGGCAUCGCUGGUUUUGCAGGCCGUCACAUAUCAUAGGAGCCAAGACGCAUGCUUUUGGGAUAGCUACCUGAAAUAUCUCCAAGAGGCGCCGUCGGUCCCAUUUUAGGCGAGCCGCCCCUCAGUAUGCCGACAGAGCUCCUGGGAGGAAACAAGAUCGCAGCCAGAGCCUCCUUUUGACUGGGCUGGAUGUUUCAUCUGCAAGGUCUGGCCACCUGAUUCAAAGUCAAAUGGAGUCGUUCCUGGUCUUCCUGAUAGUCCUCGGCGCGGCCGUGAAGGCCCACAAAGUCCAGAUCUGCCCCAAACGCUGCGUCUGCCAGAUGCUCAACCCCAACCUAGCGACGCUGUGCGACAAAAAGGGGCUGCUGUUCGUGCCGCCCAACAUCGACAGGCACACGGUGGAGAUGCGGCUCGGCGACAACUUCGUGACCAGCGUCAAGCGCAAAGACUUCGCCAACAUGACCAAGCUGGUGGACCUGACUCUCUCCCGGAACACCAUCGGGUCCAUCGCGCCGCACGCGUUCAAGGACCUGGAGAACCUGCGGGCCCUUCACCUGGACAGCAACCGGCUGACCCGCAUAACCAACGACACCUUCAGCGGCAUGUCCAAACUGCACCACCUCAUUCUCAACAAUAACCAGCUCACCCACAUCCACAUCGGGGCGUUCAAUGACCUAACGGCGCUGGAAGAGCUGGACCUGUCCUACAAUAACUUGGAAAGCGUCCCGUGGGUGGCCAUCCAGAGGAUGUCCAGCCUCCACACGCUCAACUUAGACCACAACAUGCUCAGCCUGAUCCCGGAGGGCACCUUCUCUGGGCUGCAGAAGCUUAAGAGGCUGGACGUGACCUCCAACAAGCUCCAGAAGCUCCCGCCCGACCCGGUUUUCCAGAGAGCCGGGGUCCUGGCCACCUCCGGGAUAAUGGGGCCCACGUCGUUCGCGCUGAGCUUCGGCGGCAACCCGCUGAGGUGUAACUGCGAGCUGCUUUGGCUGCGGCGGCUGCAGAGGGAGGACGACCUGGAGACCUGUGCUUCCCCGCAACACCUGGCCGGACGUUAUUUCUGGACCGUCUCAGAGGAGGAGUUCCUGUGCGAGCCGCCUCUUAUCACCAGACACUCGCAGGAGCUGCGCGCUCUGGAGGGCCAGAGCGUGACUCUGCGCUGCAAAGCCAGGGGCGACCCGGACCCCAUCAUCCACUGGAUCGCGCCAGAUGGACGAUUAAUGUCCAACUCUUCCAGAGCGGCGGUCCACACAGAUGGCACGCUGGAGAUCCUCAUCAGCACCGUCAAGGACUCGGGCUCCUUCGUCUGCGUGGCCUCCAACCCGGCCGGAGAGGCCCAGCAAACGGUGGACCUGCUCAUCGCCAAGCUCCCGCACAUCACCAACGACACCAUCGCGGAGCAGGAGCCCGACCCCGGAUCAUCGGAUAUCGCCACGGUGACCAAGACGGGGCCCGAGUCCGGAGGGGUCCCUCUGGGGAACGCCAAGACCAGCCAGGAGAGGAAGGUGGUCAUCGCCGAGGCCACCUCCACCUCGGCCCUGGUCAAGUUCAACUUCCACAGGAGCAUCCCCGGAAUCCGCAUGUUUCAGAUCCAGUAUAAUGGCACCUACGACGACUCGUUGGUAUACAGAAUGAUCCCACCGACCAGCAAGAACAUCCUGGUGAACAACCUGGCGGCGGGCACGCACUACGACCUGUGCGUCCUGGCCAUCUACGACGACCAGGUCACCUCGCUGACCGCCACCAGGGUGAUCGGCUGCAUCCACUUCACCACCGAGCCGCAGUACCUGCGGUGCCACUUCAUGCAGUCGCAGUUCCUCGGCGGCACCAUCGUGGUCAUCAUCGGAGGGAUCAUCGUGGCGUCCGUGCUCGCUUUCAUCAUCUUCCUCAUCGUGCGUUACCGGGUGUGUAACCAAGGGGAAACGGACAAGGCGCUGGAGAUGGGGGACAUCCGAUCGCUGAGCAGCGACGGCCAGCUGCAGGGCUGCGGGAUUCCCAAGUCCCUCUCCAAACAGGUUCUGCGUCCGGAGAAGAGCGACAAGGAGUGCGUCCGGGCUGCCCUCCCGCCCCCGGAGCCAACCAAGCCACGGCCUCCCGUCUCCGUGCCCGCCACGAAGCCUUCGGUUCCUGACUGCACGGUCUCCACCUCCGCCCGCAGCCACAGCUGGCACCCGGCCUCCCCGGGAGCGCCGAGGCCCAAGCGCUCCGGGGCGCCGGCGAAAACCUCGGAGCCCCGGAGAGCCGAAGCUCAGGCAGACGUCGAGCUCAACAACAUGAACCGCAAUAACUCCUCCGAGGUCCAAACGGCCGCCGCCGUGGCCGCCGCCCUCCCAGGGCCUGGCCAACCCCAGAAAUGGACUGCCGCCGCUCCCAGGGGCCCGCGGCCCCACCACGCCUCCCGACAUUACAUGACUGUGCCUGCAGGAGGGGCGAGGGUCAACCGCAGGCACUCGUUUAACGCAGACUCGUACAGGGAGCGCUGCUACGUGGCCUACCCCAAGGCCGGGGCCGGCCUGCGCUCCAAGCGCAGCCUGUCGAUGAGCGGAGAGCUUCCCCAGCUGGAGGGCACGACAAACAUCCGCCGAGCCCGGGACAAACUAUCCAGGUCCGAGUGGCUGCUGGAGAGCACUUUAUGAUUUCAGCUUCACAGCCUGAGCGUUCUGCUUUUCCCCGGAUUGGAAUCGGGCGGGUCGCUGUGGAGCACGCGGAGGAUUUCGCUGCCUUGCUUCAAGCUCCUCAGUGGGGGAAGCUGUGGAAGUGCAGGCACACGGGGUCACGGGAAGCGCUCCACGUCUGUUUUCUACCUUAUAACCUAUCAGAGUCUUCUUUAUAUCGACUUCAACGAAAGGCACAGCAAUGUACAAAACAACGGCGUGUACAAAAAAAAAAAAAUGUUUAGUUGUGUGAGAUGCCAUAUAUCUCAGUGCAACCAUAAGUGUUCAUGUGGUUUUGAAUGCAGUAAUACUGUAUAAAGAGGAGAGCGUCACACAGGGGACUGGGUUAUUAUACCGCCUAUAACCUGAGGUGACACAAUCUCUGCAGAACAUUUAGACUUUUUGUCGUUAACUCCACAAACCGAUGGUGACAUGUCUUAAUUACCUUAUGGGUGUGUUUUGUUUUUUUUGUUUUAAAGAGGUUAGGAAUGUGCUUUACAUCCCGGAGGUGCGGGAACAGAAUGUAGUAGACAAGACAGCGCUCCGGCUCCGGCUCCGGCUCCGGCUCCGGCUCCUCGUCCCAACGCUCCCAGAUCCAGCACAAUGCAGCAUUUCUUUUUUUUCCCCUCCCUAUUUUCUUGUGGCACAAGUCGACUGGAGCCUAAUACUGCCCCGCGGUUUGAAUCGAUACAUUUUUAUCACAUAAUUACAUAAAGACUCCGCUCGGGAUAGGAUUCCUGUCAUGACCGAUUCGAGCGGCAAUUUGAACCCGCACCGGUGGCGUGACAGGUGCCGCGGCUAAUCUGAUAUUACGUGUGGGUGAGAUCCAGAGCAACUCGUUCAUUUCCAUAUUUUAUACUCGCAGACGUUUAUCUUGUCACGCCGAACAACAGCCGCUGUAAACGAACUUGUCGAUGUGAAGAGAAGGGGGAUAAUCACGAGAACGGGAGGCCGACCGGCCGCUCUUGGUUUUUUUUUUGCUGUUGUUUCUGUUUGAUGUUUACCAGUAUAAAUAAACCAGUGAU